UUUGGGAUAUCUAGCUAUAGAGAGCAACAUACUGUACUCAUGGUAGAUGACAAGGAAAAGAACAUGAAAUGUCUUACCUUCUUCUUGAUGCUUCCAGAGACGGUAAAGAACAGGUCCAAGAAAAGCUCAAAGAAAGCAAAUACUACAACUGGCGGCAGCAGCAGCAGCAAGUUACCCCCAGUUUGCUAUGAAAUUAUUACCUUAAAGACUAAGAAGAAGAAGAAGAUGGCUGCUGAUAUAUUCCCCCGUAAAAAAUCAGCCAGCUCCAGCACCACCACUGUCCAGCAGUACCACCAGCAGAACCUCAGCAACAACAACCUUAUUCCAGCCCCAAACUGGCAGGGUCUGUAUCCUACCAUUAGAGAAAGAAAUGCGGUGAUGUUCAAUAAUGAUUUGAUGGCAGAUGUACAUUUUGUGGUUGGGCCACCAGGUGGGACUCAGCGGUUGCCAGGACACAAAUAUGUUUUAGCUGUUGGGAGCUCUGUGUUCCAUGCAAUGUUUUACGGAGAACUUGCUGAGGACAAAGAUGAAAUCCGUAUACCAGAUGUCGAACCUGCUGCUUUUCUCGCUAUGCUGAAGUAUAUCUAUUGUGAUGAAAUUGACUUGGCUGCUGACACAGUGCUGGCCACUCUCUAUGCUGCCAAAAAGUACAUUGUCCCUCACCUAGCCAGAGCCUGCGUUAAUUUCCUGGAAACUAGCCUGAGUGCCAAGAACGCCUGCGUGCUUCUCUCUCAGAGCUGCUUGUUCGAGGAGCCGGACCUGACCCAGCGUUGCUGGGAGGUGAUCGACGCCCAGGCAGAAUUAGCUCUAAAGUCUGAGGGUUUCUGCGAUAUUGACUUCCAGACACUAGAAAGUAUCCUCCGCAGGGAAACUCUCAAUGCCAAAGAAAUUGUGGUUUUUGAGGCAGCUCUCAACUGGGCUGAAGUAGAAUGCCAGCGACAAGAUCUAGCCUCAAGCAUCGAAAACAAACGUAAGGUCCUUGGAAAGGCACUUUACUUGAUCCGAAUACCUACCAUGGCCCUUGAUGAUUUUGCAAAUGGUGCUGCACAGUCUGGAGUUUUGACUCUCAAUGAGACCAAUGACAUCUUCCUCUGGUACACCGCUGCCAAAAAACCGGAGUUGCAGUUUGUGAGUAAAGCCCGUAAGGGGCUUGUCCCCCAGCGUUGUCACCGCUUCCAAUCUUGUGCCUAUCGGAGCAACCAGUGGCGCUAUCGGGGACGUUGCGACAGCAUCCAGUUUGCAGUCGAUAAAAGAGUGUUCAUCGCUGGCUUUGGUCUGUAUGGCUCCAGCUGUGGCUCUGCAGAAUACAGUGCCAAGAUUGAACUCAAGCGGCAGGGUGUUGUCCUGGGGCAGAACUUGAGCAAGUACUUCUCAGAUGGCUCCAGCAAUACCUUUCCCGUGUGGUUUGAGUACCCGGUGCAGAUUGAGCCAGACACUUUUUACACAGCCAGCGUGAUUCUUGAUGGCAACGAACUCAGCUACUUUGGACAGGAAGGCAUGACGGAGGUUCAGUGUGGCAAAGUGACCGUGCAGUUCCAGUGCUCCUCAGAUAGCACUAAUGGCACUGGGGUCCAGGGAGGACAGAUCCCUGAACUUAUAUUCUAUGCUUGAAAUCUCAUUUCCCCAAGCCGUGUCAACUGUUGUGAGGUGCACAUCUGGUUCCAGCUUGCUGAUGCUUAGCUCAUCUGCAGAUCAGUGCAGGUGAUGUGCUAUGAAUGAAGCUGUAGGCAGUUUCUAAUUUCUUUUAACUUUCUCAUUGUGUACAGGCAGAAAUGCAGCAUUCAGCUUUUAACUAUAUGCUUCAAAGAACCAAACUCUUAUUUUUAGAGUGUGUCUAUACCCCUAGAGAGACUUUGUGCU